CAAAUUUAACUAUGUAUUUCAAUCUUCCGCUUAACAAAGUGAAUCGAAAAUUUCCAAUGAAAUGGAUGUCCGGAUCAAAUAUCCGUUUAAACACUUCCUGAAAGAAGGAAUUAUUUCGAAGCCUAUGAAGAAAAGAACCGAAGUAAACAAUGAUAGCCCCACAAAUACAGAUGAUACUGGAGGGCCGAAGGACGACGUGAAUGCUUUAGUGAUGUCAAGUGAUGAUCAAAUUCAAAUUAAAUACAGAAAACAACAAAGGAUAAUUAAAGGGUUAGUCAAAUUUAGAUACUUGAUCGAUCUUAAACACAAACCUGAAGAAUUAAUUAAUGUUUAAACACACAUAGGUCAAUAGUUGACAGAUAUCCUAAAUCAAAUAAAAGUUUAAUUGAAAAACACUGUUUCGGAGUACAACCAGGUUUAUCACAAACUGAGAUAACUGCAGAACUAAUUCGAUACGCGCAAAUGGUCAGUAAAAUACAAGAAGCUAACCCACAACUUUUUCUACGAAAAUGUUAAUAAGGAAAAAUUAUGGGACAAUUAUUGCCCGUUAGCAUUGCGUACAUACACAAGGACUUUUUGCCAACAUUACCCGUAAAAUACUUAUCAAUGGUAAUUUGUAAAGUGACAGACUCCAAUUUGAAAUAAACUAGAAUACUGAUAAUAA